AUGACAAACUAUCUUCAAGAGCCCUUAACCAAAGAAGAAGAACAAGUUGACGAAGAAAUGACGAGCUUGCAAGCGUUGAGAAUCACGAUGAGCACAUUGGCUUUCCCCAUGGUUUUCAAAGCUGCCUUGGAGCUAGGCGUUCUCGACACGAUUGCUGCCUUCGGUAAUAACGCGUGGCUCUCGUCUUCCGAAAUAGCUUUUGGUCUCCCUACUAAGCCCACCAGCCCAGAGGCGCCAGUGUUGCUAGACCGGAUGUUACGGUUACUCGUCAGCCACUCGAUCUUGAAAUGUCGUAUAGUUGAAUCCGGAGAAAACGAUCGAACCGGAAAGACCCAAAUGGUAUAUGCCGCUGGACCAGUUUGCACGUUUUUCUUAAACCGUGGUAAUGACUCAGGCUCUCUCAAGUCCUUGUUCAUGUUGCUCCAAAGUCAAGUAUUUUUUAAGACUUGGACUAAUCUGAAGGAUGUGAUACAAGAAGAAAAAGAUGCAUUCAGUUCUGCUCAUGGUAUGGGACUCUUCGAAUAUAUCGGUUUGGAUGAACAAUUCGCUGGUAUGUUUAACCAGGCAAUGUCAGAAUCUUCUACUAUGAUCAUGAAGAAAAUUUUAGAAGUUUACCGAGGAUUCGAAGAUGUAAAGACUUUGGUGGAUAUUGGAGGAGGAACUGGCACCGUACUAAAUCUCGUCACUUCCAAGUAUCCACAAAUAAAGGGUAUCAAUUUCGACUUAGACGUGGUUUUAGCUCGUGCUCCUCUUUAUCCAGGUGUGGAGCAUGUGUCAGGAGAUAUGUUUAUAGAAGUUCCAAUAGGAGAUGCUAUCUUCAUGAAAUGGAUUCUGCAUGACUGGACGGACGAAGAUUGUGUAAAGAUCCUAAAAAACUGUUGGAAGAGUCUUCCGGAAAAGGGAAAAGUAAUAGUAGUUGACAUUGUUACACCAAUAGAACCAAAGAAUGACGACGUUUUCUCUAGCAUUGUUUUCAGCAUGGAUAUGUUGAUGUUAACACAAUGCUCCGGUGGUAAAGAGAGGUCUUUUUCUCAGUUUGAAGCUUUAGCCUCUGCUUCAGGUUUUCUUGACUGUGAAAUCAUUUGUCUUGCUUAUACAUAUUCUGUUAUCGAAUUCCACAAAUAG